GCUAAGAUGGAGAAAACUUUCGUCAUGAUCAAGCCCGACGGUGUCCAGAGGCGACUAAUCCCUGAAGUCAUCAGAAGGUUUGAAGAGAAGCGUUUCAGUUUGAAGGGCAUGAAGCUGAUGAAUGUUGAGCGGUGUCUUGCUGAGAAGCACUACGAGAACCUGUCUGACAAGAAAGUAUUAUUCAGGCGUCUGGUUGAUUACAUUGUGUCUUCAGGGCCUGUUGUUGCAAUGAUAUGGGAGGGGAAGAAUGUUGUGGAGACAGUUGGAGAGAUGAUUGGACCCACAAACCCAUCAGACUGCUACGCUGCAACCAUCCGUAGGGAUUUUGGUAUUGACAAGAUCAGGAACGUGAUCCAUGGGAGUGACUCUGUCGACAUUGCAAACAAGGAGAUUGCAUUGUGGUUCCCCGAAGGACCUCUCAACUGGGACCCAAAAAUCAACAAUUAUUGGAACCAGUUCGAUUGUUGA